GCUGCGGGGCUGCGGGGCCGGGGCGCGAUGCGGCUUGUGCGCUGCCUGCUGGAGAAGGCGGCGCGGGCGGCGGGGGCGCCCGGCUACAUCGAGCACUUCAGCAAGUUCUCGCCCUCGCCGCUCUCCAUGAAGCAGUUCCUCGACUUCGGGUCUAGCAAUGCUUGCGAGAAAACCUCUUUCACCUUCCUGCGCCAGGAGCUGCCCGUCCGGCUGGCCAACAUCAUGAAGGAGAUCAACCUCCUGCCUGACCGGGUGCUCAGGACAUCCUCUGUGCAGCUCGUGCAGAGCUGGUAUGUUCAGAGUCUGCUGGAUAUCAUGGAGUUCCUGGACAAAAAUGCUGAGGACCGAGCUACGUUGGGGCAGUUUGCAGAUGCCCUUAUCACCAUCCGUAACCGGCACAAUGACGUAGUACCCACCAUGGCACAAGGGGUGAUUGAAUACAAGGAAGCCUAUGGAGAUGACCCUGUGUCCAACCAGAACAUCCAAUACUUCCUGGAUCGCUUCUACUUGAGCCGCAUCUCUAUCCGCAUGCUAAUCAACCAGCAUACCCUACUCUUCAACGGCAGCACCAAUCCUGCUCAUCCUAAGCACAUUGGCAGCAUUGACCCGCACUGCGAUGUCUCUGUGGUGGUGAAAGACGCCUAUAACAUGGCCAAGCUGCUCUGUGACAAUUACUACAUGGCCUCACCUGAGCUGGAGAUCGAAGAGGUCAAUGCAAACACCUCCGAACAGCCCAUUCGCAUUGUCUAUGUCCCGUCCCAUCUCUACCACAUGCUCUUUGAGCUCUUCAAGAAUGCCAUGCGGGCCACUGUGGAGAGCUAUGAGAACAGCCCGAGACUCCCCCCCAUCAGAGUGAUGGUUGCACUGGGCGAGGAGGACCUGUCCAUCAAGAUGAGUGACCGGGGAAAGGGGGUCCCCCAGCGGAAGAUCGAGCGGCUCUUCAGCUACAUGUACUCUACAGCGCCUACCCCACAGCCAGGCACAGGAGGGACACCCCUGGCUGGCUUUGGCUACGGCCUGCCCAUCUCCAGACUCUAUGCCAAGUAUUUCCAAGGGGACCUUCAGCUCUUCUCCAUGGAAGGUUUUGGAACAGAUGCUGUCAUCUACCUGAAGGCCUUGUCAACGGACUCUGUGGAGAGGCUUCCUGUGUAUAACAAGUCAGCCUGGCGCCACUACCAGACCAGCCAGGAGGCCGAUGAUUGGUGCGUGCCCAGUACAGAACCAAAGAACACGUCCACCUACCGUGUGACCUAGGUCUGGGGUGGCCAGUGAGGCUUAUGGAUGGAGAAGCCACGACCAGUAGGGGGGAGAGAGAACUACUGCCAACACGAACCCUACUUUGUCAGGAGAACUCGAUCAGCGGACUCUUCCUAUUGGCAGAUUGCCCAAUCAGGAGUGUGAAUGCUUUCUUUUAUUCCUUUGUGGUACCUAGCAUAGAGCAGCCCGUGCCUUGCACUGUCCCAGGUUUGUCAGGAUCCCUUGUUCUGCUCCAGAUCUGGCUGGGGUCCUGGCAUGCUGCCUUCUGUGUCUCUGAUCUUUGCCCACUACCUGUCUCUGCCACAGGGGUGGGAGUGAGGGCAGUGAGGAGGCUUUUAGAGGUAGGGAGAAAAGCAGCCCCUUAGCUUGAGAGAGUUUUAAAUACACUGGGAGGGGGGAGAAGGUACCUGGAGAGAGGGCCUGGUAUUCUGCUGAGUGUGCAGAGGGUCAUAUUUGGGGCUUGCAGGGACCCUGCGUAUGGACCCAGAUUCAGACUUGUGGGGGGAGCCUUAUGUGGGGCAUGGUGGGAGUGGCUGAAGGCAGGCCUGUGGACCCAGAGUGAGCUGGGGUUGGGGGACUGCUACCAGCCUUCCAGUGGGGAGAGGGCCAAGUACGUUGUGUGUGGUGCAAGGGAGGUAGCGGGAGCAAUGGGCACCUGUGCUCACUGCAGGUGGCCCUAGGGGCUGACCAGAGGCCCAGCUGGGCUGAGCUCAGGCAGUGGAAGGGAAGAAGUCAGGGAAUGGGUCAAAGGCAUUGGAGUUUGGGCUGAGACUGGCUCCUUGCAGCCUCUGCCCCAGACUCCUGUCAACUUCAUUAAAUUUUGGGGGGGGUGGGGGGAGGGAAGGGGGUUACCACUGCCUUGUUCCAGCUCCAAGCAGCUCAUCUGGGUCUCGGGGACCUUUUGGUCUCUCUCCAGGUGCUUCUGCAAGGUCCGUCUCAGCUGCAGGGCCCUGGUUGAGAGGCAGGGGACCAAGGCAAGCUGUGUUGCUGUGCAGAGCAAGCUAUGAGCUUAUGCAUGCAUGAGAGGGGGGAAGCAUCUGCCGUGCAAGGCUCUUGCAUGUGUCAGCCAUGUGAUUUAGGGCUCUUGCUUGGCAUCUGGGCUGUUGGUUUUGUACCACCCCAGGGAACUUAGAGGUGUGAGGUGAGGGGGGUUGGGGAGGGAGGGUCUGUAUCUGCCCAGGGCAGGGUUGGCGUGGCGUGGCAUGUUCCCUUCCACAUGGGGGUCUGUCCUUUCCGGAGAGCUUGCUCUGCUGCUACCAUUGCUUCUUGUUUCAUAGUUUCAUAGUUGGUAGGGUCGGAAGGGACCUGAGCAGAUCAUCAAGUCCAACCCCCUGCCAUGGUAGAAAAGAGCACUGGGGUCAAAACGCCAGCAAGGUGUUCGUCUAACCUCCUCUUAGACCCCCAGGGUAGGAGCCAGCACAACUUCUCUUGGAAGUUGGUUCCAGAUCCUAGCCGCCCUGACAGUGAAGUAGCGCCUCCUGAUGUCUAGUCUGAAUCUACUCUCUGCCAGCUUGUGACUGUUAUUUCUAGUCACUCCUGGUAGUGCUCAGGGGGAACAGGGACUCCCCCAAUGCCUGCUGGUCCCCUCUGACUAGUUUGUAACAGGCCUCUAGAUCCCCGCUCAGCCUUCUCUUGUGGAGGCUGAACAGGUUCAGGUCCCUUUGUCUCUCCUCGUAGGACCUGCCCUGCUGGUCCCUGAUCAUGCAGGUGGCCCUCCUCUGGACCCUCUCAAUGCUGCCCACAUCCCUCCUGAAGUGCGGUGCCCAGAACUGGACACAGUACUCCAACUGCGGCCUGACCAGUGCCGCGUAGAGGGGGAGGAUCACCUUCUUGGACCUGCUUGAGAUGCAUCUGUGGAUGCAUGACAAGGUGUGGUUGGCCUUCCUGACUGCGUCCCCAUACUGCUGGCCCAUGUUCAUUUUGGCAUCAAUAAUGAUUCCAAGAUCCUUUUCUGCCUCUGCACUGAUGAGGAAAGGAGUUCCCCAGCCUGUAGGUCUGCUGCUGGUUCUUCCUCCCCAGGUGCAGUACCCUGCACUUGUCAGUGUUGAAACCCAUCCUGUUCUCAUCCACCGACCCCUGUAACCUGUCUAGGUCCAAUCGGAGUCUAUUCCUCCCUUCUAGUGUGCCUACUUCCCUCCACAUCUUGUUGUUGGACUGCUGAACUGCUUGCAUGUGCUCUCCCACCUUGUUGUGUGCCCUCCCCCCCCAACCAUGCUUUUACGUCCCAUGGAAGUAUCUACUGUAUAUAUAUAUUUUUUAAUCUUGGGCUGGAGCUGUGUUUCUGUCCCGGACACAAAGCAUUAAGUCGUGUGUUUCCUCUUGUUGCUCAGUAAACACAGUUGAACCAGAA